AUGGCAAAUGCGAAGAUGCUGGACAAUUUUCCAAACAUGCAGGUAUUACAUCUACCUCGUACACACUCUGAUCACGCUCCUAUUAUUGUUUCUUUAUAUAAUGAUUAUUGUACAGGGCCGUUUCCUUUUAGAUGUAAGGAAGUUUGGAUUGAACAUCCAAAAUUUAAAGAAUUUUUUGCAAAAAGUUGGACUAAUGAUAACAAUGACUUCAUUAAGGGUAGGAAAGAUUUUCUAGCUGGUAUUAAAACUUGGAAUACUAAUGUUUUUGGAAAUUUAACUAAUAUUAAGAAGCGUCUUUUAGCCCGUAUUAAUGGGAUCCAGAUUGCCUUAGCUAAACAUCAUUCACAUUUUUUGGUCAGUCUGGAAAAAACUUUGCUAAAAGAUCUUAAUGACAUAUUCAGAAAAGAACGUUUGAUUUGGGCUCAGAAAGCGGGAAUGAAUUGGAGAAAGUAUGGGGAUUUUAACACAAGGUACUUUCACUUAAUGGCAAAAAUCAGGAAAACUAGGGGGGAAAUUUUAGCUUUGAAGGGCGUGGAUGAUCAAUGGGUUACUGAUUCUCAAUCUUUAAAAUUAAUGGCCACUAACUAUUUUAGGAUGAUGUUCCAAACAACCCAUACUCAGAGUAGAAGGUUAGUUAAUUUGGGUAGCAAUAACAGAAUUUCAGAGCAGGAUAGUAUGGCUCUGCUUAGGCCCAUUUCUGAUGUGGAGGUAAAGCUUAACCUUUUCCAAAUGGAUCCAAUUAAAAGCCCAGGGCCGGAUGGAAUACAACCAGUUUUUUUUCAAACCUUUUGGGCUGAAGUUGGGCCAAGUAUAGUUAAGUUUUGUUCUGAAUGUUUUAAUUCAGCUAUCAUCCCAGAAGAUGUUAAUGAUUCCCACAUUACGCUCAUACCAAAGUCAGACCAACCGGAAAGUAUGUCGGAUUUUAGACCAAUAGGUUUGUGUAACACUAUUUACAAGUUGCUCACUAAAAUUAUUACGAGUAGAUUAAGGCCUAUCUUGAAUAAUUUAAUUAGCCCCCUCCAAUCAAGUUUUAUCAAAGGCCGGGGAAUAGAAGAUAAUGUAAUAGUUGUAAAAGAAAUAGCGCAUCAUUUUCAUAAAGCAAGGAAAGGGAAAAAUAUAAUGGCCUUGAAAUUAGAUUUAACAAAAGCCUACGAUAGUUUAGAAUGGAGUUUCAUUAGAGAUACUUUAGUCAGUUAUGAAUUCCCUACUAAAUUUAUUGAUGUGAUCAUGUGUUGCAUUACUACCCCCAAUAUUUCUGUGUUAUGGAAUGGUGAGAUUACAGAGCAGAUUAAACCGUCUAGAGGGAUAAGGCAGGGUGAUCCGUUGUCGUCGUACAUUUUUGUGUUAUGCCUAGAUAGACUAUCAAUGAUGAUUGAAGAGAAAGUAAAUAAAAGAAAUUGGGAUCCUCUAAAGUUAACAAAAUCUAUUUCCAUUUCCCAUGUUUUUUAUGCCGAUGAUGUUUUUUUAUUUGGAUCAGCUACCCAAAAGAACAUGGAGGUAAUUAUGCACACAAUCUCUGAAUUUGGGGCUAUGUCAGGUUUACAAGUUAAUAUGAGAAAGUCCUCCAUUAUAUUUCCAGUCAAAAUGAAUCAUUUAAUCAGGAAUACCAUAGUAGGUUCUUAUGGAUUACGAAUUUCUACUUGUUUUGGGAAGUAUCUAGGGGUGGAUAUUAGACCAAAUAAAUUAAAAAUUAGCAACUAUUUUGGUCUUUUAGAUAAAACUAUGGAGAGAAUAAAGGGAUGGCAAGCUAAGUUGUUAAACAUGGCAGGGAGAUGUACUCUUAUUAAGUCAGUUUUAAACACGUAUCCCCUAUAUAAUAUGCAGACAAAUAUCAUUCCGAGUGGUGUAAUAGAUAAAAUUGAGAAAUCCUGUCGGAAAUUUUUAUGGAAUAAGGUUGAUAGAACUAGAUAUUUGGCUCGUAUUUCUUGGAAUAAAAUCACAAUUCCAAUGGGAUUGGGGGGUCUGGGAAUAAAGAAGUUAAAGGAAUGGAAUAUUGCCUUUAUGGCAAAAUUGGGCUGGAAAGUGCUAACCUCACCGGAAAAACUGUGGGUCCGCAUUUUUAAAGAUAAAUAUUUAAAAAAUGGUUCCUUUUUCGAUUUCAUUGCCAAACCUUCUAACUCCCCAAUUUGGAGGGACAUUUUAAAAGGACGGGACCUUUUGGAAAAAGGGAUAAAGAUAGGAAUCGGAAAUGGGGAAUCCACUUCGCUAUGGUAUCAUCAUUGGGUCGGUGAUAAACCAUUGUAUAAGUUAAUUAAAAAGGAUAUUCCGGAGUCGGUGGGUCAUUUGUUUGUUAGAGAUAUAAUAAAACAAGGACAGUGGAAUCUCCAGAGAGUUGCUCACAUUAUACCAGAUUCUAUUCAAUCUGAUAUUUUAGCAACUCCAUUGGCCAAAGUGUCUCACAGCAACGAUUUCUUUACUUGGUCCAAGUCGGAUGAUGGUAAUUUUUCUAUAAAAUCUGCUUAUUCUCUUAUCUGCAAUUCCUUUUUUGAAGUUUCUGGGAAUUACAACUUCGUUUCAUGGAAAGCCCUUUGGAAAAUCACAGCCCCUUUUAAAUAUAGAAUGUUAUUAUGGAAUUGUGUUCAUGAAAUUUUGCCAGUUGCAGAUACUUUAUCGAAGUACAUGGAGUCAAUUUCUAGAUAUUGUAGUCGUUGCUCCUAUAUUCCUGAAACUCAUCUACACUUAUUUCGUGAUUGUGGUGAUUCAAGCAUUCUUUGGAAUUUCAUUUUUCAACGUAUUACAGUAGCCAAAGAAGUUUGCUUGAAUUCUUUCUUUAAUUUCAAUUGGCAACAAUGGAUGGCCUAUAAUCUUAGUUUAAGCAGGAGUUGGAGAAUGGUUUUCAUUGUGGCUGUGUGGCAUAUUUGGAAGGCACGAAAUAGAGCAGUGUUUGAGUUGAAAAUGAUCAAACCUUUUUCUGUCUAUAAUGCUUUUUAUGUAGAUUAUAGGGAAAAUAUUUUAAUGAUGCAGGGAAAGGUAGCAGGAAACUGGUUGCAGAAGGCUCCAGCGUGGAAACCACCAGCGCCAGGCUUUCUAAAAUUGAACAUAGAUGGUAGCUGGAAAGAGAAAGAUGAAGCAGGAGGUGGUGGUGUGUUUCGAAGCGAGACAGGAAAUUGGUAUAUUGGUUUUGCGAGUAAAUACAAUGCCAUUACACCACUUGCAGCAGAACUUUAUGCGUUGAGGGAAGGCCUUCAAAUGGCAGUCGAGUAUGGAGUGCAAAAACUUGAAGUGGAAACGGAUGCGGAGCUGUUGAUAAAAUUGUUGACAUCAAUGGAAGAUUAUUAUCAUCAUGAAUUGGCUCCGGUUAUCAAAGACGUAGCUUGCCUGAUGACAAGAUUCAGUUCAUUCUCGAUCACCCACCUUCCAAGGUUAUUCAACAAGCUAGCGCAUUGUAUGGGGCAGUAUGCAAUUUCAAUGGCUUUGGGACAUAAAGUGUUCCUUGAUCCGCCACCAUUCACGGAUGUAGUGUAUCAGACUCAGCUUAAGCAGGCCAAGGAUAGUUUAAAGCAGAUGGGUGAGUCUUCUUCAGCAUCUCAACGACGGGAACAAGUAAUCAACUUGGAGAUUCCUCCCCCACCAGAAGAACAGCCCUCCACAACGGUCACAACAGAAAUUAUGUUUGGAACUAUACCUACCAAAGUGACUACUCAUUUGGUGAGUGCAAAGACAGCUUCAGAUGCAAAGCAAGGCCAAUUCUCAAGCGAUAAAGAGUAG